GGGGCGGUGUGUUCUCGGGUUUCAGCACUGCAGAUGGCGGGGGCUGAGGUGGAGCAAUCAUCGUCGAGCUCACGUGCCCACCGCAGUUUAUCAUCCAAGCGAACCUUCAACAAGAUACCGCCAUGGAUCAUGACGCUCUUUGCCAAUGUUGAUGACUCAUCAUCGAGGGCCCGACAUGUUGCUCAGCGGCUGUUUCUGGCUGGCACGUCACGGUCGACGAGGGAGAAACCCCCUCCCGGCAUGCAUAGAUUCAGUGUCCACGGCAAAGAGGUUGACUAUGUCGAGACGGUCAGACCAGAGUGUUUCCACACGGAACAACGCAGACCAUUGGAGAGCAUCUGUGCUGUCUUUCUCCUCUAUCCUUCGGUUUGCCUGCAGUCUUUGCUUAUCUUCAAGCCCAGUAACGGCAUCCUGUUCUCUUUCCGACGGAUGUGCGUGUGGAUGAUCGAGUGGAAAUGGUUCGAGCGGCUGGCCCUCACAGCCAUCGUUCUCAAUUCGAUUUCUCUGGCUAUGGUCGACCAUCACCCCAGCCACCCAGAGCCUUGGCGCGUCAAACUAGAGGAGGUGUCUGAAAUCGUCUUUAUCGUGAUAUUCAGCGUCGAACUGGUGAUCAAGGUGGUGGGAAAAGGGCUGUGGAUGGGGCGGGAGACGUAUCUGUCGGACCGGUGGAGUUGGCUGGAUCUUGUAGUGGUCGUGACGGCGUGGCUGGAACGGAUACUCUACGCACUUAUCCCGCAAUCGGUCAAUCUCACCGUCAUCCGGACCUUCAGAGUGAGUGACGCAUCCAUAUGCAGGCAGGCACACACGUUGCUCUCUCUGUCUGGUCAUAUUCCGGCCGCUGCGGAGCGUCAACGCCUUCCCUGGCAUGCGUCUCGUCGUAGUGACUCUCUUCACCUCCCUUCCCAAGCUCUGGAAUGUCUUCCUGCUGGCGUGCUUCGUCCUGGCGCUCUUCUCCAUUGUGGGGUGCGUGUACUUGCAUACACGUGUGUGUCGUAUGAUGUGGCUCCCUCUGGUUUUUGUGUGUCAGCUUGAACCUUUUCAGUGAUGUGUAUUGGAGCAGGUGUCGCUUGAUAGACCGACCUGUCAAUGGCUCCUGGCCGCCAGCAGUGGAUAUCGAUCCUGCGCCAUUCGAGAGACCACUUGACAGGUGUGGACGUGCAUGUCUGAAAUGGCGAAUUAUGCAGGUGUGUGUUGCUGGUGCGCAAAGGUUUUGUGGAGGCGCCUAUGGGUGUGAGGCUCACACAAAGCUAUAUCGCAUGGCCGGCAUCGCCAACAGAACAUACUGCGGUACGCCCGAGGCAACCAGAUAUGCACCAGCCAGAGUCUCCAACGGAUGACACUUCAGGCAACAUGUGGCAUGUCUCUGAUUCGGAGCUGUCGCAAGAUCGAUGGCACGAGGUGAAUACUUCACCGCAUGCACACAUGCUUCUGUCGUGUCACUGCUCGCUGACGUUGCGACUGCAGCUGGAGAGCAACCCUGCGGCCGACUACGGUUACACUGGUUUCCAUCACAUGGGUGUAGCCUUUUCUACCGUGUUUCACGUUAUCAUGGUGGAGGGAUGGACUCAGCUGAUGUACAGGUGAGAUGAAAGGGAAGGGGCAAUCGACUUGAUGUACAUGACUGGAUUCGUUGUCUCAUUUGUCCAGGUUUCAGGAUGGACACGCGAUGAGUUGGCUUGCCUCCCUCUAUUUCUCACUGCUCAUUCUCCUGGGGGCGCUGGUACGGCCGCGCUCUAAUGGCUAUCAAUAACUGCAAGUCACCGAAUCUGUCCCGUUCCUUUGUUUGUUUGUUUGUUUGUUUGGGUCACUUUGUAGUCAACCUGACGGUGGCCGUCAUGUGGGAGCGCUAUGAGGACCAGCUCAGACAGACUAAGAAGGAGGAGGGCAAUGAAGUAAGUAGAAGAAGAAGCCACUGUCAUGAAUGAUUGCAGCGGAUUAUCCGCAGGACGAGGGGAGUGUGAAGCUGGGGAUGAAGCUGAUUCAUCAUAUCGCAGAGGCACAGACCACAUACAAAGCGGACCAUUGCCAACACAGACAUGUGAUCUGUCUGCUUCCAUUCAGGUGGCCACAACCAUCAAAAAGCAUAAAUACGUCCUGGUGACUCACAUGGCACCAUCUUCACCUUGUGUGUGAACGAGUGCCGCGUGUGUGCUCAGGAGUCGAGUGCCAAGGCUCGCUUGGUGGACGAGUUGCCGACUUCAGAGACCCCACUGUCUCACAUCGCAAAAGGCAAACUGUACGGAUACACACAGGACGCGUGUAUUUAUGACCAGACGGUCCAUGACAGUCUUUAAACCUGUGUGUCCGUCUAUAUGUCUUUACCCAGGUGGCUGCAGGCCCUCUGUGCGCGCAUUGCAUUCCAUCCGAUGUUUGUGCUGCUGAUCCUCGUGUCCAUCUUCUGCAACACCGUCGUCUUGGCUCUCGAUCGUUAUCCGGAGCCUGCGGCGGGGAUCACACAGACACUCGACGCCGUCAACCACUCAUUCACCGUGAGCGACAAAAGGUCAUGAUUGGGCCGUGACGAAUAGCCGACCGCGACACAUACUGUCUGGCGUAUUCAGGGUCUGUUCACCUUUGAGGUGCUUAUCAAGUGCAUCGCAUUGGGGCCCGUCGAUUUCGUCCGAGACAGCUUCAACAUAUUUGGUGACCCGUUUAGUUUCCUUGGCUACGCGAUAUUGACGUAGACCCCUGAUGAACGAUUCGCGUCCCUGCUCCAGUGCAGAUGUGGCGGUCGUUCUGGCUGCCUGGAUUGAGUUCUCCAUGGGAGGUGCGGGAGCGGCGGGAGCGCUCCGCGCUUUCCGUCUGCUUCGGGUGCUCAAACUCGGUCGCAACUGGACGGUAUGAGGAUUGGUGAGCAUCAAAAGCAGACCACUUGCAUGCUUGGCUUCUUGUGUCUCGCUCGCUUAGUCCCUUCGGAUAUUGCUGGAGGUCAUCUCGAGGGCGCUAACCCUCAUGUCUUCGUUCUGCCUGCUGCUUUUCCUCGUGAUCUACAUAUUCGCACUCAUCGGUAUUCAGUGAACGGAAAUACCGGGGGCUCGGCAAUUGAUCACUUUUUUAUCAGGAAUGCAGCUCUUCGCCUAUGAGGUGCCUGAAGAUGAAGACGACUCCAUAACUCGUCUGAACUUUGAUACGUUCCUCGACGCCUUCCUCACAGUGUUUACAGGUAAUACAGCACUCAGUUCAUUUGGCUGACACGGUAUUUCUGUCAUUGUGCAUCAAUGCAUGUCUUCAGUGCUGACGGGCGAGGGCUGGAAUAGCAUCGUCUUCAAUUUUGCACGAAAUGCAGGUCCCGCGUCGAUGCUGUAUUUCAUUCUUCUUCUCGUCUUCGGGAACCUUAUACUCCUCAAUCUCUUCCUCGCCAUCCUGCUCGGCAGCUUUACCUCAGCGCGAGCAUUUAUCAAUCGCUUGUAUCUCAAUCGCUUUGUCGACCUGUGUCAUGAAAUGGGUGUCACGAGGGAAGACGUCGAAUCGAUCGCCAAUGCGGCAGACGACAGCACGCCAAAACGAGCCUUCUCCUUGGCCCAGAAACCGACCGGCUUAUCUGUAUCCGCUCGGCUGUCGCUAUUCUCAAAUCUUGUACCCGAUGAAGGCGGCAGCGCAAGACAAUCAAUGGUCACUUUUUCGGAAGGCGCUGUGAUGAAAAGUGGCGUGACGCUCAAGCGGCGGAAGACAGAAGAUAUUCUUCGUCGCUCAGCUGCUAGGAGGAGGUCUCAGAUGCUGUCAAGUGAGCAGAAGGACAUUUUGCAGUCUGUUCGCCUUAUCAAGCAGAUGGGGAAUAUCAAUUUCUUGAUUAAACGUUUGAAGACGGGGGCAAAAAGGGCAGAGAUGGAGAACAAAGAUGUUGCGGCUGAGCAUGUAGAGCAAGUGAACGAUGAGCUUGCUAUCGACUUCCUGCCCAGAGCAGGCAAGAUAGGUGGGAGACACAUUAUAGAGAAUCAACAGGCAUGAAUGUCAUCUGUCUUUUUUCCGUUUUCAGACGACAUUCAUGCCUCUACUCCCUCUCAUCCACGUAGCAUUGAGGUCCCCGGUGUUGUUCAUGUACCAGCCGACAAGCCUGAACGGCGACAAUCCACAGCGGUCGAGCCACUCGAGGCCCCCAAUGAGAAGGGAGCAGCCAGUGACAAGAGGAGCCAAAUCAAGGCAGUGGGCAGUGUCGACACUGGCCCGCAUGAACACCAAGAGACAGCAGACACAGCCAAAGGGAGGAUGCAUCGUCUGAAACAGAGAAUUAGCGAUUUCGCCAGCAACGUUGAUGCAGCAUUCAACGACGAGAGGGUAGGAAAACAGAUACUCUGAUGAACGACAGACAUUUGUUUUGUUUAUGGAUGUUCAGUUUGAAGCUCUCCCAACAAGUCCCAAAGCCCUUCUUCAUUUAUCUCCCUCCCCCCGACGAACCCCGCAGCUACCUGGCCACUCACCGAGAAGGCUGUCUGUCCAUGAGCCACCGUUGCCUUUGGAUGACCAAGAUGAGACUGCAGUGAGAGAGCAGCGCUAUUUUCCCUUGCGGGCUCCAGCAGCAUGGGGGAUGGUACGGGCUAUAUGUCAGAGAAUUGUGGCUAGAUCUGAGUUCGAAUCCUCUGUCCUGGUGCUAAUUCUGCUCUCCGCGGCUCUGGCAGCCACAAACAGCCCUUAUGUCGACCCAGACUCGUCGUAUGGCAAGGUACACGAGUAAGAGCUACGAGAAUAUUCCCAGUGUGAGAUUCUGCGUGUGGCUCUAGGCUCUCGUGGCUCUCGAUCUGAUCUUUACAGCAAUCUUCACCGUUGAGAUGGUCAUCAAGUGGACGGCUCUUGGUCUGUUCGGCCAGCAAUCUUACUUUAUGUCCCCCUGGAAUUGUGUCGACUUCGUUGUGGUCUUUUUCGGCUGGCUUGAACACGGAAUGCCGACAUCUUCGCCCGGGCAGAAAGGGAGCCUAAAGGUGCUCCGGACGCUACGAGCAUUCCGUGCCCUGCGUCCAUUGCGGAUCAUUUCUCGGAACACGGGGAUCAGGGUUGUUGUUGAGUCACUGCUGUCGUCUGCGCCCUCUCUUGCUAAUGUCUUCUUCGUUGGUAGGCACUGCAUGUGCUCCGUUAACCUUCAUUGCAAGCUAAAGAUAUGACUUCCUCUCGCGCCUCAGGCCUGCUGUUUUAUUUGGUAUUCGCAAUUUUGGGCGUUAGUCUCUUCAAAGGAGCAUUUUAUGCGUGCGACUCGUCGGACUCGCCAAAUGGCCCUUCAACAAAUGCGACACUAUCCAACGAGAGUGACUGCAAGGAUAUCGGUGGCGAGUGGAAGUUGAUUUCCGAUUCCAACUUCGACAACGCUUUCCACGCCCUCAUCGCCUUAUUUCAAGUAGGGCGACGAGACAUGAUCCAGCGGGUUCGUGAAUAUGCUAAUUUCCGUUUCUUUGCAGGUGAGCACUUUGGAAGGCUGGACCGAUGUGAUGUUUGACGCGGUCGACGCGAGAGGGCCGGGAGAAACACAACAGCGGGACCACAACAAGUUGAACGCACUGUUCUUUGUCACCUUCAUCGUUCUGGGCAACUUUGUGACGCUCAACCUGUUUGUGGGCGUCGUCAUAGACCAGUUCCACCAGAUGAAAGAGAGCAUCGACGGAGGUCUCCUCAUCAGCCCAGCGAACAAGGUAUAGGCCAGCCAGCCGGCCACAUGCCGGCUGUAUUCAUGUGCUGGUUGGUCCAUCGUGCUGUGCUGUUCCACAGUGGAUCGAGGUUCAAAAAUACAUAUACAGGUAGACAGGCAGACAACAGCUACAUGUCUCACUCACGACUCUAUGUGUCCUCAGGACAAGUCGUCUGACCCCAUCGAUGGGCGUCGACACCCAUCACAGCAAGCGCCGGAGCGCCACCAGCGACACAGCCAGAAGACGUGUGGCCCGGGCCCUCCUCGCCAUGAAGUCCCUCUCAACCCAAGCACAGAGUAGCAGGGGACCGACAAGAGCAGGUGCAACGACUGGACGUACAAGAGCACUGACUGCUGCAUCUCUGAUGCCCUUUUGCAGCCUUUGCCAGUGAUGUUACGAGCCAGCCUUCACCGUCCAAGGGCGUCGUCAGCCGCACCCGGUUCCUUGCAGCCAGGGAGAUAUUCCGCGAAUGGUUGCGCACCAGGGUAACCUCUGCUGGCUUUGACCGGUUCAUCAGUGUGUCCAUCUUCCUCAACUCGGCCAUAAUGUCCACCAGAUAUGUUGGGAUAGCAGAAGAACACAGGUACUGACUGAGUUCUUGGCAGAGAGAACACUCAUCCCAUACACGGCAUGUGUGUAUGUGUGGCAACAUUCCUUGUCCGAUCAGCCAUGCCUUGGACGUACUCAGCUUUGGCUUCACACUGCUCUUUGCAAUCGAGUGUCUGGCCAAAAUAGCCGCGUUCGGGCGAAUCUAUUUCCUCGAUCGAUGGAACACGUACGUGAGGACACAGCGAAAUACACUGCUGACCGUGUCUCAGACAAUACUUGUCCUUUCCUCAGCUUCGACUUUACCGUUGUCAGCGGUAGCAUCUUUGGCCUGACGGCCAACGCACUGACCGGCGAAGAUAAAGGCCUUUCACUCAUCCCGCUCAUGCGCUCAGCCCGGUUGCUGCAGAGGGCCCAGGCCCUCCGUAUUCUUUUUCAGACCAUGCUCAACGUGCUGCCAUCGCUCGGGAACAUUGCUGCUCUGCUGUCUCUCAUUUUCUUUAUCUACGCCAUUCUUGGGAUGCACAUCCUCGGCACGGUGAAGCUGCAAACCGCCUUGAGUGACCAAACAAAUUUUCGAAACAUUGGGAAUGCCCUGUUGGCCCUCCUCCGCCUGUCAACAGGUGAGUGCAUCAGGCAGAGACGUGAGGCAAGAAAAGGCUCCUUUAUUUUUGAUCAGGUGAGGAUUGGCAUGAGGUCAUGUUCGAUUGUACUCGCGGCAGCGAUGAGAUCGACUGCGAGUCUGAUCAGACCUACGAGGAGCUGCAGCGUGACGGCCCUCAGGCGUGCGGCAGCUGGGUGGCUUAUAUCUACUUCCUUUCCUUCAUGCUCCUGGUGUCCUACAUUCUCAUGAAUCUGUUCAUAGCGGCCGUCGUUCACGGCUUUUCUGAGACCGUCACAAACGACCACAUUGAGAGAGUCCGGACACAGCAUCAAGCCUUCAUCCAAAUGUGGUGAGCGAAACUGGAUGACGUACACGCAUGUCGUCCUCUCUUGGUGGCUGCACAGGCGUCAACAAACCAAGGCCGGCGACAGGCUAAUGCCUCUCGAGGACUUUGUCAGCAUUAUCGUAGCCAUCCCGCCACCAGUCGGCACACAAUCGGACUGCCAAGGCACCAGCAGCACACAAACGCGACUCGCAUUGCAGUCAUUGGCCGACGAGAAGGACCCGCUGCCUUUGAGAGGAGUAGGGCAUGACAGGUGAGGAAGAGAAGGGCGUGAGGGGAGCCGAGACAGAUGUCUUGUGUCUCUUGUCAGAGUACAUAUACGUGAUGUAGUAAUCAAUCUUGUAGACCGAUCUGCCCAUUGGCUGUCGGAUCACUUCUGGUCCGCAUCAGCAGGCAGCGAGGGAGAGGCCUUUCAGCUGCACCAGCCAGCACUAGAGGUGAGCGACAGGACUCGCCAACAGAAAGAAAGAAACACAUACCGCACUCCUGUCCGUUUUGCAGGCCUGGAAGCGCCGCUUUCCUGAUAUAGAUGACGGGCUCCCCUCUUCACAGCCCGCAUACACGAUCGCCCACCUGCUGGCGGCACGAAAAAUCCAGAGUCUGUACAGAAAGUACUCACAGUCAAGAACACGAGUUGUGGUAGAUCGACAGCAGGAAGAGUGUGAGAUGGAGUCGAGUGAAGCGUGUGUGGUAGUGCCUGAGCGGACAUGUGAGGGCAAGGGCAAGGCUGGCGAAUUGCCUCCCGAAGAGGAGCACCCGAUGCCAUCUGUCCUCAUUGAUGAUGCAUGUGGCGAGACAGAGGCAGCUCUGUCCUCUUCAGAUGGCCAAUGACAUGAUGUAUGUAUGUGAGCAUAGACAGACAGUAUCAUUAUGUUGAUGUCUC